AUGUCACGAGCUGCUGGAACUUUACAAACAACUUAUAAUGCUACUUACUACCCACCAUCACUUAUGCCUGGUUAUCGAGGUCAUGUUCCGACUACUCAAUAUCAAUAUGGUGAAACAUUUGGUAAUGCAACAUCAAAAUAUUUUCAAGAUUAUCGAAGUGAAGCACUCAAUUCAUCAAAAAGCCUUUAUGCACGAGGUGGAUAUUUUCCAACUCCAUAUACUCAUCAACCAGAACUUGUUAUGAGUGAUCGUCGUCGUAGUCGUGAUCAAUAUCUUUAUAUACCAAAAUAUUCACUUAAUAAUACAAAUGUUGAUCGAACAAAUGAAAUAAGAAAAUUUUAUCAACUUUCUCAACAACAUCGUGAUACAUAUACUGAUCGUAGUGGUACAUUACAUCCUGUUGAACAUUUUGUUUUACCUGUAUCAAAUGAGAAGAUGUAUGAAGCAAAUUUACCAUAUUCUUCGAUGUUACUUCGUCAUACAUCUGAGAUUAAUAUUCCGGCUGAUCGAAAUUUUCCACCAAUAAAAGAGGUAGCUAAACAAUCGGAAUUUCAAAUAUUUCCACCAAUUAGACGGAAUUCAAGUUAUAAUGGACCACAACACCAACAACAACAACAAGGAAAUGGAAUGAAUGCAUCACCAACUGUUGAUUAUCUUUGUUAA